UGUCAUCGUGUGAAAAUGUCUAAAGUCCAAAUUCUGAGAGCGUUACUGAAGCAGCGACUACCUGCAGAUGAUGACGAAGAGAUAUUUGAGCUGUUUGAAAGAACAACAGCAGAAUACGAGGAGGAACUUGGUGGAUUAAAAGAGGAGAACGAACGACAAAGAAAACUACUGGAUGCUGCUUUUAACUCUGACGACAAAACAGAUGUGCAGCAGCUGUUGGUAAAAGAAACAGAGGUUCCCACGGAGCAACAAUCAACAUCUAUUCUGGACCAAGAGGACCUAGAACUGCAUCAUAUUAAAAAGGAAGUGGAAGAACUGUGGAUCUGUGAGAAACAAAAACACCAAGUUCUGGAGGUUAAUUCCUGCAUGUACGCAGACGAGGACGUGAAACCUCGGUUCUCCGAUUUCUGUCAGCCGCAGAGUGAGGAGAACAGGGAGGCUGAGUGUCUUGCCAACAGCCCAGUUGAACAAAUCAAAAUAGAAGAUGAUAAAGAGCACUGGGGAGGAUCAGAAACAUUUUUGAGGUUAGGUGAAGACAGUUGUUUCCAUCAACAUAAUGAUGCCGUUAUUUCACACGCUACUGCAUCUGAAAGUGAUGUCAGUGAUGUUGAUUGUAAAGAAAUCAAGGGCCCUAAAUCAAGUUUAAACUCCCAAAAAAAUGAGAUGCUCCCUGUUUGUGAUUACAGAUGUAAUGCUGGAAUGAAAGCAUUGAGCUGCGAGUGUGAUCAGAGGAUUGUUCGAAAGAGUACUCUGCCCACGGAGGAACACCUGCACCCUACUUUCUGGUUGGGAUAUGACAGACCACCGGAAAAGAGACGCAGAGUGCUAAAGAGGACCGGCAGCAGUGUCUCCACAACAACAGAUGAACAAGAUGAGAUGAAUCAGGGUGAGAAGCUGUGUGCAGCAGCUAAGUCAACUCGUGAUGCCCAAACACAGUGGUCAGACCCAGCAAUGGAUGAUCACCGAUAUUCAAAAGAGCCCCUCAUCACGUGUGAAAGGCAUCUACUACCACCAGAACUGUCACACCCUGUAGCUGACAGUAUAGUAGAGAGUGAUGCAGACUCCCUUCUGUAUACAGAGAUUCCACUCACAGAAUUUCAAACACUUGUGGCCUGCCUACAACCAUUUUCUCCAGCUUCACCAUCAAUGCCAGUUGUGGACCAAAUUCUGAUGACUUUGAUGAAACUAAGACAAAACUUUGUCAUGGCUGAUUUAGCACGCCGAUUCAAGGUAUCACAAGGUCUGGUCAGCAAGACAGUGGGGAUGUGGGUCGACAUUAUGUGUGAACACAUGAAGGAUUUCACUGUGUGGUUGCCUCGUGAAACAAUCAAAGCAACAUUGCCAAAAGCUUUUAAAGACCACUUUGCUAAUACAACCUGUGUAAUUGACUGCACAGAGACAGUUUUACAAAAAACAAAAAACCUGGAUUCAUACAGUCACUAUUAUGCAAAUAACACUGUUAAGUAUUUAGUAUCUGUUUCUCCCUCUGGAAUGAUCAUGUUUAUUUCUGACGCUUAUGGUGGAAAAUGCAGUGAUAGGUACAUAACACAGAACUCUGGUUUUCUGGACUACUUACGUGCUGGAGAUGAGGUGAUGGGUGACCGUGGGUUCACGGUGAAGGACUUGCUGGAGGAGCAUAGGGUGAACCUCAUCAUUCCAGCAUUCACACUCAAAGGGUGCCAGCUGACAAACGGGGUCACACGUACAUGCCUCAUUGCUCAUGCUCGCAUUCACGUUAAGCGGGCAAUAAGGCGUCUUAAGCUCUACAAGAUUCUCUCACAAACCGUGCCAAUCAACUUGGUCCCUAAUAUUGAUAUGAUUCUCAAGAUUUGUGCAGGUUUAGUGAAUUUAAGAGCUGAGCUAAUUUCAAGAAAACAGAAGACAUUUAAUGUUAUGCACAUACCUACACAUAUGUUGAUACAUUCAGAGAUAUGUACGUAUUAAAUAUUACUGAACGUU